AUGAUGAUAAGUGUAAUUCUCAUAGCCCUGGUUUUGUUUCUUCUGGGUGCACAGUUCCUGAAUUUGCAAUGGAAGAGUCGUGGAUUUCCUCCUGGACCAAUCCCAUUUCCCAUCAUUGGAAGUGUCUGGUGGAUAAACUUCAGAGCUGAUCACAGGAGCCUGAAAAAGCUGGCAAAAACCUAUGGCAACAUCUGCACCCUAUGGAUGGGUCACAGACCCAUGGUGGUGCUCUAUGGGUUCCAAGCCGUGAAGAACGGUCUCACCAACAACUCGGAGGAUGUUUCAGGGCGACUGCAGACCUACAUUUUCAACAGAAUGGCAGAUGGAAAGGGUAUCUUGGUCUCAAAUGGUCACAUCUGGAAACAACAGAGACAUUUUGGAAUUGGAACUCUCCGAAAACUGGGAAUGGGGAAUAAAGGAAUGGAGCGUGGGAUACAAACCGAGGCCCGUUACCUGGUCGAGUUCUUCAGAGACAAAGAGGGAGAAGCUGUUGACCCUUCCUUCCCCAUUGUCCACGCUGUCUCCAAUGUGAUUUGUGCUGUGGUUUUUGGACAUCGUUUCUCCCUAGAGGAUGAAACCUUCUGCCAGCUGAUUGAAGCCUUCAAUCAUAUAGUGGCUUUUGGGAACAGCCACACUUAUUAUAUCUGUGAAGUGUUCCCGUGGUUUGCAGAGUUCCUCCCAGGUCCUCUACAUAAAGCAAGAUUUUCCCGGGAUUUUGUUCGUUCCUUUGUAAGGCAGGAAAUCAAAAGGCACAGAGAGAAAGGCAGAAUAGAUGAACCAGAAGAUUUCAUUGACUUUUACCUGAAGCAGAUAGAGAAAACUAAAAAUAUCCCCAAUUCUACAUUUGAUGAGGACAACAUGGUGCAAUCUGUUUUUGACCUUUUCCUGGGUGGCUCAGAGACCACAGCCACCACUCUACGCUGGGCUCUGCUCUUUAUGUUGGUUUAUCCUGACAUCCAAGACAAAGUCCAGAAGGAGCUGGAUGCUGUUCUGAGUCCCUCCCACCUCAUCUGCUAUGAGGAUCGGAAGAAGCUGCCGUACACAAAUGCUGUGGUGCACGAGAUCCUCCGCUUCAGCAGCAUUGUUUUAAUCACACUCCCUAGAGAAGCUGUGAAGGAUACCACUGUUUUGGGGUAUCAUGUUCCAAAGGGCACUCUAAUUAUGGCAAAUGUAGACUCUGCUCUUUUUGACCCUGCCUAUUGGGAGACGCCUCACCAGUUCAACCCUGGCCAUUUCUUGGACAAGGCUGGAAAUUUUGUGACCCGAGAGGCCUUUUUAGCCUUCUCAGCAGGUCACCGUGUUUGUCUGGGAGAGGCGAUGGCCAAGAUGGAGCUUUUCAUCAUUUUCUGCAGCCUGUUGCAGAAAUUCAAGUUCACUGUACCAGAAGGAGUUAAGGAAAUCAACACAGACAUUAUCUUUGGGAGCACGAUGAAACCCCAUCCAUACAAGCUCUGUGCAGUUCUGCGCUAGGUUGCUCAGCAUUAGAGAUUCAAGAGACACAGACACAAGUCCGGUAGUGUGCUGGUAUUUUUGGAGAUUUACAGUUCUCGUUUUUAGCUCAAAUUCAGUGCCAAUCUCUCCUUGUUGUGCUUCACGUCUUAGAAGCCAGCCCUGAACAAUACUCUGGUUUUCCUGUGUCUGGAAAGUGUCUGUACAUUUUCUUUCCUGCUGUGUUACAAAUUAAAUAAAUGUAGACAAUCA